AUGACUUAUCAGCAGUUGGGCUCGGGCCUUAACGCAUUCUCUCCGUUCCUGCAGGAGAUCACGAACUCCAACAUUCUUGGCAGCGAAAACAAGGAGAACAUCCACCCUGCUCUUCUUGUGCGCCAUUCUGGGAACGGUAAGGGUGGGUGCAAAAAUGGCAGCAGAAGCACUGGGAGUCACGUUCAACCCUGCAGUCCAUCGAUUGUGAGCGGCUUCUCCACCCCUAUUACGAACCGCCACCGCCCACAUCAUACUGGGCUAACACCGGGAAAUAAUUCAACAAGAAUCCCACGGCAUGGUGACGCGAUGUGUCACACAAACGUCAGCGUUGCAAAUGUGUCGUUGCUGACAGGGAGCGACGUGGGAGACGCAAACGACAGCGGUUUCUUUUCGCCACUGAAUCCGGACACGUCAACCGUCACUGCUGCAGCAGCCGCAGUAGAAGCCAUCGCUCAACAGUCGAAGCUUUGCGAGCUCUUCGAGGGGUGUGUACCACUGCCGCAACAGCCGCGCAGCCUGAACACUAGUGUGGACUCCGUCCUCCUUCCACGAAACGUGCUGCAGGAGAUUGACGAUGAUGACAGCAUACAGUCGGUGAACGAGUGCAUGCGGACCAAUACUUCUAUCCCGCCCUCUGCGACUGAGACAGAUGAUGCACUCAUGCAGCUGCAGCAGUCACAGCCCGUUUUUCCCGUACCACAACUGUUUGCCGUUCCACAGCCAUUACGCCAGCCCAUCGUCACGCAGCACGACGGUCCACCACCUGAAUACCCUCGGGUCGGCGGCAGCAGCAACAAAAACCGCCAGACGGUCACGCGUGUGGUGAGCGGCCCGUCUUCGCUCAUUGCAGUGGGCGGGCGGCGCGUCCCUAUCGACAAGCUGCACCUUCUCCUGCGGCCCUCGACACCCGAACGCGACAGCGACGGCGCUGCUGUACUUUCCGGCUCCGUGCCGCUCGUGCCCUCGGCGCGGCCCACCCCGUCGGCGAAGGCGGUGAAGGUAGUGGCGUCGCCAGCACCAGGGGUUCCCGGCUCUGUUGGGCGGCACCUGCCGUCGCCUCCGCCGCCCAACGGCAACUACCACCAGCAGCAGGAGACCAUCGUUCUCGAGUUCCCGAAGGGUGUGCUGAUGCGCUUCCAGCCGAACGCCUCGCAGCCGUUCCCGGUGAUGGGGCGGCGCUACCUCGCAGCGGUGCGCAGCAGCCGCAGCCCGUACGACAAUGUAGCGUACGAGGACGCCGGUUUCUGUGUGCAUAUGCUGCGGCACUACCCGGACGGCAGUGGGGCUGGGGCUGGGGCUGCUUUGGCGGACAAGGCGAUCUAUGACGGCCGCAUAAUUCGUGAGGUGGAUGACAACUUGCCAGCCGAUGUUGCACGCAUGCGAGAAUUGGGGGAAGCACGUAAAGUGGCUACUCUGGAGUGCCGCAAGCACUUCCGCUUUCUUAACUUGCCAUUCGAGCUGGUGGACGUGCAAUACACCUUUGACCUGCACAUUUGCAUCGUGUACUACCGUAUCCAGCCGCAGGAGGGCACGAGCAGUCAACCGAACGUAGCCAGACUGAUGCGCAUGCUGCAGUUCAAGCUGAAGAGCAAGGUGUACCUGAAGCGGACCUCCGACAGCGAGUGA